AUGUUCAGAAACAACUACGACAACGACUCCGUCACAUUCUCGCCCCAGGGCCGGAUAUUUCAGAUCGAAUAUGCCGCAGAGGCCGUAAAGCAAGGCUCCGUCGUCGUCGGCAUCGCCAGCAAGACGCAUGCCGUCCUCUGCGCUGUCAAGAGAAACGCCGAGGAGCUCUCCUCGUACCAGAAGAAGCUCUUCUCCGUCGACGAGCACGCCGGCAUCGCCAUCGCCGGCCUCACGUCGGACGCCCGCGUCCUCUCCAACUUUAUGAAGCAGCAGUGUCUCGGCCACCGCCUGACGUACGGCCGCGCCAUGCCCAUUCGAUCCCUCGUCGACAUGAUUGGCGAAAAGGCCCAGAUCAACACCCAGGUCUACGGCAAGCGGCCGUACGGCGUCGGCCUGCUCAUUGCCGGCGUUGACGAGCGCGGCCCCCACCUGUUCGAGUUCCAGCCGUCGGGCAUGACGGAAGAGAUGACAGCCUUUGCCAUCGGCGCGCGCUCCCAGAUGGCGCGGACGUACCUCGAGCGCAACAUCGACGCCUUUGCCGACUGCACGCGCGAGGAGCUUGUCAAGCACGGCCUCCAGGCCUUGCGCGAGAGCUUGGUGCAGGACAAGGAGUUGACGGUGGAGAACACGUCGGUCGGCCUGGUAGGCGUCGAGACGACCCCCAAGAAGGGCAUCGAGUCGUUCAAGCUGUACGAGGAGUUUGAAGUCAAGCAGUGGAUCGAGAAGCUGGGCGAGGCCCGAGCCAGCGGUGGCGGCGGCGAUGACGAGGGCGAGGGUAUGGACGUGGACAGCUGA